AUGGAGAGCUUGCAAAGAUUGGCCUCGCUCCCCUUGGUCGACAACGCCUGCGCGUCGCGGGCGAAUAGAGACAGCUGGACGUACAGCGUGUUUUGCAGGGAGAUCCUGGCAACCGGCGCGGAGGAUCCAGAUGCCAGACGUGUUUCUGAUGGAGUCUACGUCAAGGUUAAGGAGGUGACCACCGCAGAGCUGCUGAACUGCGGUCCAAGUUCUGCAGCCAUCACCGCGUACUCGGAGUGGCGCUCCAAGUUCAGCGAGGGCCAGUACAUGACAUUGCUCUUCUACCACGCCUUCAUGUUCCUUGAGGUGGAAGGCGGCCUGGCAAUUUGCACGGAGAAGUACAACGACAAGCUGGAGUUGAUGUUUGGAGAUCUGCAGCUGGUGCGGAGCUAUGGCAGAUGCUACCGCGCAACAGGCGAGCAGAGGAGGCCGAGCCUGCAGCACUCUCACUGCAAGGUGGAGCGCUAUGUGACGCUUCGGGAACUGGUGGAUUGGAUCUCUGGACCGCUGGCGAUUGUCUGGCGGCCCUACUGCUUGAUCAACAGCAAUUGCCAGCACUACGCCAGAGACGUGGUGCAGUUCCUCAGCGAUGAGCGCUGUGCCGAGACUCUGCGAGGGGACCGUGAGGUGGUGCUGUCUGCAGUGCAGUGCGAGGGCAUCCGGUUGCAGUAUGCCAGCGAGAAGCUCAGGGAGACGACCGCAGCUUGGUGCUGGCGGCGGUGCAGCGCGAUGGCCGGGCUUUAG